AUGACAUCAGUUGCCAAGGUGUAUUACAGUCAGACUACUCAGACAGAAAGCCGGCCCCUGGUGGGCCCAGGGAUACGACGGCGGAGAGUCCUGACAAAAGACGGCCGCAGCAAUGUGAGAAUGGAACACAUUGCUGACAAGCGCUUCCUCUACCUCAAGGACCUGUGGACAACCUUCAUUGACAUGCAGUGGCGCUACAAGCUUCUGCUUUUCUCUGCGACCUUUGCAGGCACCUGGUUCCUCUUCGGAGUGGUGUGGUAUCUGGUAGCUGUGGCACAUGGGGACCUACUGGAGCUGGGCCCCCCAGCCAACCACACCCCCUGUGUGGUACAGGUGCACACACUCACUGGAGCCUUCCUCUUCUCCCUUGAGUCCCAGACCACCAUUGGCUAUGGCUUCCGCUACAUCAGUGAGGAAUGCCCACUGGCCAUCGUGCUGCUUAUUGCCCAGCUGGUGCUCACUACCAUCCUGGAAAUCUUCAUCACAGGUACCUUCCUGGCGAAGAUUGCCCGGCCCAAGAAGAGGGCUGAGACCAUCCGUUUCAGCCAGCAUGCAGUCGUAGCUGCCCACAAUGGGAAGCCUUGCCUUAUGAUCCGAGUUGCCAAUAUGCGUAAAAGCCUCCUCAUUGGCUGCCAGGUGACAGGCAAACUGCUUCAGACCCACCAGACCAAGGAGGGUGAGAACAUCCGGCUCAACCAGGUCAAUGUGACUUUCCAAGUAGACACGGCCUCUGACAGCCCCUUCCUCAUUCUACCCCUUACCUUCUACCAUGUGGUAGAUGAGACCAGUCCCUUGAAAGAUCUCCCCCUUCGCAGUGGUGAGGGUGACUUUGAACUGGUGCUGAUCCUAAGUGGAACAGUGGAAUCCACCAGUGCCACCUGCCAGGUGCGCACUUCCUACCUGCCAGAGGAGAUCCUUUGGGGCUAUGAGUUCACACCUGCCAUCUCACUGUCAGCCAGUGGCAAAUACAUAGCUGACUUCAGUCUUUUUGACCAAGUUGUGAAAGUGGCCCCCCCUAGUGGCAUCCGUGACAGCACUGUACGAUAUGGAGACCCAGAAAAGCUCAAGUUGGAGGAGACAUUACGAGAGCAGGCUGAGAAGGAGGGCGGUGCCCUUAGUGUGCGCAUCAGCAACGUCUGA